UAUGGUUCCCCUGGUGUACAGACGUUCACGUGAACAGCUUCUUCGUAAUUCAUUAAACUAAUGUCCAGCAUGCAUUCAACACAGGAACUAGAGCUUUUCUCUGACCACAGAGUCACUCAGAUGCUUUUCAAGGAGGUGAAAAAUGCCGCAGAGUUGAGACAGUGCGCAGUGGAGGGUAAAAUAAAUGGUGCCUUGAUCAACCCAACGAUGCUGGUGAACCCUUUCCAAGUACUGGUUGCUGCCAACAAGGCUGUUCACUUACAGAAAAUUGGGAAAAUGAAGACAAGAAGUUUAAACUCAGAAAUAAUCUUCAACCUGUCACCUACUAACAAUAUCUCAGAGGCAUUUAAAAGGUUUGGGAUCUGUGAUGGCGACGACUCUGUCAUGGUGGUCCUGGUUCAUAGCAAAGAUGAGUCCCAGAUUCUGUCAGACGUCACAGCCAGGGUGAACGGGCGGCAGGUUCCAGUGGAAGAUGUUUCCUCGCUGUCAGAUCAUGCAAAAAUCAAAAAGCUUUACAAAGUCACUCCCCAGGAGGAGAAAUGUGGGAGUCUGCUGGAUGCAGUUGUAUGCAGGAUGGCCACCAAGGAUGUCAUGUAGCUACAACAGGAAAACGGACCAGAAUAGGACUUUAAGAAAAAAGAAAAUAGUUGCCUUUUUCAUAUGAGAUGUGGAUUUUCCGCUGUUGACAUUAUUCCACCUCAUGAAAAGUUCCAAAACAUUGUCUUUUGUGCACUCCAUGCAAACUCAAAUCAACGUUAGCUACAGUGAAAGUCACAUUUCAUGUACGCCAAGCUCAUGCUCCCAGCUGAAAUAUAAAAUCUAUCACAUUUUCCA